AUGAUGAUAUUCAAGAAAUCUAAAAGAAAUCCUAAUGAAAGAAUCUACUGUCGUACGUGCAGAAAUCCAGUUGCACGCGUCCAAGAUUAUAUUCGGAGGGUUCGUCAAGGAGUGAUCAUAAUUAGAAGAGUGUAUAAUGUUCACGUACCAGACGAUGUGGAACAUGAGUUUGGAUUUACCACUGCUGAUACUUACUGUGGCCAAUGUGGAACGUUGAUCGGGUGGAAAUUUAUUGCAGUCCCACUAGGGUCCGUGGAUGUUAGAGAAGGAAGAUUCAUGUUGAUAUCGAGAGAGGUUACUUUUUGGGAUGGUGUACCAUUGCUUCAUUUAAAUGAAGAACAAGGUUUAGGCGCUAAUGAGCAAAAUGCAAAUCAAGAUUUAGGUGCUAAUGAGGCUAAUGCUGAUGGAGGCGGAAAUGAACAGAAUGAUGAUCAAGAUGGAGGCGGAAAUGAACAGAAUGAUGAUCAAGAUGGAGACGCUAAUGAACAAGAUGUGGGCGCUAAUGAGGCUAAUGCUGCAGUUCAAGAUGGCGGGGAUCCAAUGAACUGA